CCUGUGGAAGCAGUGAAAACUUCAGGGAUGUUGGGGAUGAUUACUUCCUUCCGCCAUCGGGGAAUAAGGGGACAGAAAAGUUGUGGCCGGGAGCGCUGGUCUCUGCAGUCCGCUGCACGCUCUCAACAAGUUACCUCCCCUGCGGGCUUUCCUAACACGUCCCAGUUAUACUGGCCGGGGGCAAUGGGAGGGGGAAGCAGAAGGGCAGAGAGGGGGUGGGCUGCAAGUGCGCCACCGGAGCGCCUGCUCCAACGCGGAUAAACAGAGAGUGGAGAGAUCGGAAUUCGCCUUGUGCAGGAAUUCAGCGCGGCUGCGUCAGUGUUGCAGUCGGCUCGCAGGCUGCGGGAAGACUUAACGAGCACGGCGACGUGUUUCUUCAUUCGACCGGCGAUCCAAGUUUCCUUUCCUGCCGAAGGAGCCGCCGCGGUUUGAGAGGGAGGAGGAGGGGGAGUGGGCGAACCAGGAGCUGGUUGGGCUGCGGAAUCUUUUGUCAUCCCACAGUUUUUUUUCCCCUGACGGGGGGUGGGGUGUGGGAAGGACAGGAGUCCGUGGACCGUCGGUGGGAGCGCCGGGACAGGCGAGGAGCCGCUUGUGAUUCUUCCAUUCCCCCCCCCCCCCAACCCUCGGGAGAUUGAAGCUGGGGGUAGGCAUGACCCCGGGAGCGGGAGGAUCGUGGACUGUGUGAAUGCCAGCCGGCCGGCACGACAUGGAGACCCAACAAGUCCCGUCGCAGUCUACUGACAUUAACAUUGAAGCAGAGAAAAGUUUAGUCAAGGACGAAGAAGCAGAGGGAAAACCACUCAAGAAGGAGGAAACUGAAGAAAAUCCAGUCAAGGACAAGGAAGCAGAAAAGAACCCAGUCAAGGAUGAGCCACCUCCUCCCUCAUCCAAACUCUCCGGCACGGGCAAAAGCCCCCGGACAAAGCAAGAUGCUCUGAAGGUGGAGGAGAGGCAGCGUCUCGCGAGGCAGCGCAGGGAGGAACGGGCAAAAACUCUCGCUACUAAGAAAUCAAUAUGGCUGGAAAGGGAAGAAAAGGCAAAGCUGCUUCGAGAGAAACAGAUGGAAGAUCGGAGGAAGAGGUUAGAGGAACAAAGGCUGAAAAUAGAGAAGCGACGAGCCAUACUGGAGGAACAGCAACGAUUAAAGCUUCAGAAAAAUAAGGAACGUUACGAAGCAGUGGUGCAGAGGUCAACCAAGAAAACCUGGGCCGAAAUCCGUCAGCAGAGGUGGUCCUGGGCUGGAGCCCUCUCGCGUAGUCUGAGUGUGCAUAAAGAGAGGCCAGAGGGCUGCUCUUUAUCGGCUGUCAAUCUGCCCAAACAUGUGGAUUCCAUCCUAAACAAAAGGCUCUCCAAAUCCUCAGCCACGCUCUGGAACUCCCCCAGCAGAACUCGGCGCUUGCAGCUGAGUCCCUGGGAGAGUAGUAUCGUGGAACGGCUGAUGACCCCCACCCUGUCGUUCCUGGCCAGGAGCAGAAGCGUGGCUGUUUUAACAGGAACAGCUAGAGAUCCAGACGUCCCUCUGUGUCCUCGCUCUGCCUCAUCCAGCCCAAUAGCACCAAGAAGCGGCAAGCCCAUUCACAGGUGCUCCAAUCGAUGGAGGGCUGCACAGAGCACCCCGGAUCUCCCUGGGAGGCGUAAGACUGAGGCCCAGCCUGUAGAGAACAAGAAGAAGGAGAAAAAAGACAAGGAGCGGGAGAAUACGAAAGAAAAACAUGCCCUGUUGAAGUUGGGUGGUGCACCCGACAAGAUGAUGAGGAAGCGACAGUCUCUUCCCGCUGUCAGGAGUAAAGAGUCGAUGGCAAGGGAAGCCAGCCUGAGAUCAAAGAACCGUUCUUUGCCAAGCUCACCCAGGCGGAGGUCGUCGGGUGCCGGUCCCGGACCCACGCUGCCCCUGGCAGCAGGCACUGCCACUCUGGCGAAGAAGUCAAAAGCCAAAGGUGAGAAGCGCAAGGAGAAGGAGAGCCAGUUGCAACGGAGAAGGGAGAAGGAGGAAGGGGAGAAGGAGGAGUCGAGGCCGUCGUCAGCCGGUGGCGUGAGAAACAAGGAGACAACAAUAGAAGCUCCGGAGCCCACACAUGGGUCACCCGCUAGAACAAUCGCAGGCACCACGGACCCGGAGGAGGCUGUGAGACUCCUUGCGGAAAAACGCCGAGUUGCACGAGAGCAGAGGGAGCGGGAGGAGCAGGAGAGGAAGGAGCAGGAGGAGAAGAAGAGGUUACUGAAGGAGGAAAUAGCUCGGAGAAAGGCGGAGGAGAAAGCCCAGGCUCAGCAACAGGAGGAAGAAAGGAGGCGGAAGGAGGAAGAGCAACGCCUGAAGGAGGAGGAGUGCCGGCAGCGGGAGGCGGAGAUGGAGCGGGAAGAGAUGGAGCGCCUACAAAAGCAGAGAGAAGAGGCAGAGGCACGGGCACGCGAGGAGGCAGAGAAGCAGCGGCUGGAACGGGAACGACACUUCCAGAAGGAAGAGCAGGAACGCUUGGAGAGAAAGAAGCGCCUGGAACAGAUUAUGCAAAGGACGAGGAGGACCGAUAAUCUGGAUAAGAAAGAUGAGAAAAAAUCAGCUUCUGACGGGGAGCCGGACAGCAAGGAUGUCAAGGCAGAGACACGAGAUGGCAGCCCCUUGCGUGUGAAGAAUCGCACUGGUGAAGAUCAGCCGGAGACAUUAGUUAAAGAGGGAGCUGGCGAGUUCUCAGUUAGUGCCACAGUCUGUCCGUCACAGGAUCUGCCACUCAGAGAGCUGGGGGUCACCCCCAAAGAGGAGAGCUGUGAGAAGCAGGCUGUGCUCACCAAUGGGGUCCAGCCGAAGAAACAGGAAAACGGGAUCUGUCCCAAGACGCAGGAGUUUGAAGAGAUCCUGGAGCUCUCCAACCACACUGGCUGCUUGAAAGAUUCUGUGGACAGUAACGGGGAGAAGGAGCGUCUCGGCAGCCUGACAGCCGAAGAGAUUCCUGUCAAUCCCAUCAUUGCGUUUGAGGAGGAAAAUUCCUUUGUUAAGAAAACAACAGGAAUUCAGGCCCAGCAAGUGGCAGAAAUCCUCUGAGGAGCUGGGAGAAGCCCCACUCCCCUCAGCAACCACCACACCCCUGACCCACACCCCUCCCCAGCUACCAAGCACGGCUUUCUACUCAGUGGCAGAGCUGGAAACGAUCGCGAGAUCCCGCCGGUCGGACGGGAAGAGACAGGGGCUUGUCAGUGCUGACCCUCUGAGUAACGCAGACCCACGCCUCCGAGCCUCGUCUCCUUUUACUUUGUUACCUUGUUUAUUUUAAAUGUUUUAAAAAUGUUUACGGACAUGUAACUUCCACAAGAAGCGACGGUGGGGUUUUUUUUAAAAAAAGAGCCCAACAGAGUAAGGAGUGUCCUCAGUGAAGAGCCUGCCAUUCCCUCAGGCUCUCUUUGCUUGUACUGUACACAGCGUGCUGACACUAUGCGGUCUUUACUGUGCACCUUAUGAACUGACACUCUAAUUCAACCUGACCAGACAAGAGGAAAAGGCGCUCAGAAUGAUUUGAGUGGCAGAGCAAUGGUUAUUGUAUCACUGGUGAUCACGUUCUUAUUUAACUUGAAAUUAUAAUAAAACUACUGGGUACAAUGUAUGUGAAUAAUGUAAAUAAACCUUUCAGUGUUAUACCAGCA